AUGCCAUCUACGGCCAUGAUGGAAAGCACUCAGCUUGCCUACCAGUCUCGUGGCUACCAGUUGGAAAUGUUGGAGGCCAGCUGCAAAGAAAACAUUAUCGUCGCAAUGGAUACAGGGAGUGGUAAAACCCAUAUUGCCAUUCUCCGCAUGAUUGUUGAGCUUGAAAGAUGUUCUCCAGAGAAGUUGGUCUGGUUUCUUGUGCCAACAGUGGCCUUGUGUCUCCAGCAACACGAAGUCAUUAAAAGUCAAAUACCCACCGUCAAAACCAAAAUAUUGACCGGCAUGGACAACGUCGACCGCUGGACGGAUCAGAGCAUUUGGGAUGCGGUCCUCAAAGAUACUCGGAUUGUCAUAUCCACUCAUGCGGUCCUUGCAGAUGCUCUGGGCCAUGGCUUCGUUCAGAUGUCCCGAAUAGCAUUGCUUGUCUUUGAUGAAGCUCAUCAUUGUAGAGGGCGCCAUCCAGCGAAUAGGAUCAUGCAAAAUCACUAUCAUCCUACUUUGCAGAGGUCUGGCCGAGACUCCGUACCCGCCAUUCUCGGACUUACCGCUAGUCCAGUGGUCCAGUCAAAGAAGAACGAGCUUGAAGCGAUCGAAGCCAAUCUGGACGCGGUGUGCAAAACUCCACGCGAGCAUCGCGCGGGUCUUUUGGAGAAUACGCAUCGUCCCCAUUUGAAUCGCAUAGACUAUGCACCAUUUGACAAAGAGCACUAUGCUAUUGGAAGCCAAUUGCUCUUGUCCCUCAUCAAAUGCUGUGGGUCUUACAAUCUUGAAGAGGACCCAUGGGUGAUGUCGUUGCGAGAAAAGGCUGAGACCCUUCAGUUAGAAGAAGUGCUCGAGAGUGGCCAAACGUUUUGCAGUGAGCAGCUCAGAAAGUUCUUGGAACGCAGCUGCCACAUUUACGAGGAGCUUGGAGGCUGGGCCACUGACACUUAUAUCAGUACCUCGAUCGAUCGACUCAGGAUAUCGAUCCAGGAAGCACGUGAAAUGUCACAUCUCGACCAAAUGGAGAGAUUGCAUCUCUUGGAACAACUGCGCGCAAUUCCCGCGCGUGAUGAUAGUCGGCAGAGCCAGCAUAUCUCUUUCAAGCUCCAGACUCUUUUCAACUUUCUAUCCAAAAAGACAGGGGAGAAAUUCUCUGGUCUCAUCUUUGCGAAGAGAAGAGUCACAGUCAGCAUGUUGGUCCAUAUAUUCUCAAUGCACCCAAAAACAAGGGACAUCUUUAAUUGUGGCGCUUUUGUUGGCUGGGCUAGCAGUCAUAGCCGCAAGGAUUCUCUCGGUGAUCUGCUUCAUCGGGAGGGCCAACGGGAUGUCCUUGAAGAUUUUCGGACUGGUAAAAAGAACCUUCUGGUUGCUACUGAUGUGCUUGAAGAGGGCAUAGAUGUGAGCGCUUGUAACCUGGUUAUAUGCUUUGAUAAACCCGCAAACCUUAAGUCUUUCGUUCAGCGACGUGGACGUGCUCGGCACCAGGAAUCAACAUUUGCUGUCAUGAUCUCGACCGAAGAUGAAUCCUUGAAUAUUCAUAAAUGGCAGGAGUUAGAAGAGGUUAUGAUUGAAGCGUAUCAAGAUGAAACGCGUCACCGCAAAGAGGCAUGGGAGCUGGAGGGCGCCGAGGAGAGCGUGAGAGAGAGAUUGUGGGUGGAGAAAACCAAUGCGCUUUUGACUCCGGACGACGCGAUUCAACACCUGCAUCAUUUCUGUGACGUUUUGCCUGUUGACGAGCACGUUGACAACCGACCCGUGUUUUCCUUUGAAGAAGAUCAAGGGCUGAUUCGUGGCAUCGUGACCUUGCCCAACUCUGUACACCCAUCUGUCCGCCAGACACGAGGUAAAGCUAUGUGGCGUACUGAGAGAGCGGCCGGGAAAGAGGCCGCGUUCCAGACCUACAAGUCCCUGUAUGAGUAUGGCUUGGUAAACGACAACCUAUUGCCCUUGGCAAAAAAGCCUGAGUUGCGAUUUGCCGACUCUAAGGCUCUCCCGUCAAUCCUGGAUGGGAUGGAGCAAUAUGACCCUUACAUGAAUCUCGCGAGGGCGUGGGGCUCAGGCCAUCUCUUUCAAAGUCGGCUGAGGAUAUCUAACAAUGGGGUUGAAGAUGAGGAUUGGGCCAUCUGUCUGGUUUUGCCAGCCCAUGUUCCUAUGCCUGAUCCAAUACCGCUUUAUUUGGACACAGAGACCACGUUAUCCCUGUCUUUUGAUCCACCAACACUGAUUCCGUCUACAACCUCGGACCAUUUGGAGCAGAUGAGACGAACCACCUUCAUGUACCUCCAAGCACCGAGCUCCCGAAUUCGGGGCGAAGAGCGGGACUACGUGGCGCUUUUCAUUCCUGAUACCCCACACAACCUUCUAGGUGAAUGGCUUCUCAAAUAUGAUGGAGUCGAGUCGGCGUUGGAGAUGCACUCCAGAGACCCGACUUUGACGCCACCCGGCAUCGUCCGCGACAAAUCCAAAUUCAGUGAGCCUCGAAUUUUCACUAAAUGGAUCGUCCCUGAAAAUGCGUCAAAGUCAUCGCCAGUAGAAUUGGAAUGCCGAUCCUUGCAACGCCGGCGAAAUCUACUCCAGACGCGGACGUCGACGAGUUCUGAAGACGGGGAGGCCGAGGCGCCCAGAAAGACAUUCAUAAUUCCAGCCGCAACCUGCGACGUUGACAAGCUUCCUCAGAAGCAAGCCAUCUUUGGACUUAUGAUUUCAGCAAUUCUAGACAGACUAGAGGCUUCUUCGGUAGCUCAUUGCUUGAACGAUACCAUUUUGAAAGGAGUGGGCAUCACAGACAUUCACCAUGUUAUCACUGCGAUUACAACACCCCUUGCACAGGCCAGUGUCAAUUACCAGAGAUAUGAGUUCUUUGGUGACUCUGUUUUGAAGUUCACUGUUAGCUGUCAGCUCUUCUUUCGCAACAAGACAUGGCACGAAGGCUAUCUAUCGGAGAGCCGAGACAAGCUUAUCCAAAACAGCCACCUGACUCGCGCUGCCCUGGAUACUGGUAUCGACACCUUCAUUCUGACCAAUCGGUUCACUCCUCGCAAAUGGAACGCGCCUUUAAUCAGGAACAAACUGAACCCGAAAAUCAAGACGAGACGUUUAUCAAGCAAGGUUCUAGCGGACGUCGUCGAGUCGCUCAUCGGAGCAGCUUAUGUCGAUGGGGGCAUUCGUAAAGCCCAAGCUUGUCUCCAUCGGUUUCUGCCUGAGAUCAAUCUCUUCACCAGUGACAUCUCGCCGGAGAUCAUGCCACGUGGAAAGGGCGUUAGCAACUUGAUCAAUGAACACCAAUUAGCUGGCCUGAUUGGGUACACUUUCAAGGAUCCGGCUUUAUUGACAGAAGCGCUUACUCACGCUUCCUGUGAGUACGACACGGGCACGCAGUCCUAUCAGCGUCUUGAAUUCCUCGGCGAUGCUGUUUUGGACAUGGUGGUCAUGGCCAUAAUAGCAGAGCACCCCACACAAAUGGACCAAGGGCCUAUGACCAUUCUCAAACAUUCAGUUGUAAAUGCCAACCUCCUGGCAUUUUUCUGUAUGGAACUCAGCGCUCCGGAUGAAUCAAUGGACGUCGAAGUCUCCGAAAACGGAAUUCACCACGUUCCACGCUACGACAGCAUCCAUCUUUGGCGGUUCCUUCGCUCCCACGGCCCGAAUAUUACGGCAGCGCGUGAAUCCUGUUUAGAGCGCCACCGAGCUCUUCGUGAUGAGAUCCAACACGCGUUGCGACACGGACAAGAGUACCCCUGGGAGCUCUUUGCCCGACUCCGCGCGGAUAAAUUCCUCUCCGACAUCAUAGAGAGUACCCUUGGGGCGAUAUUCAUCGACUGUGGCGGUGAUCUGGAUAUUUGUCGGGAGUUUGUCGAGCGCAUCGGGUUGGUGUGGUAUGUCCAACGAAUCAUCGCCGACAACGUGAAUGUCGUGCAUCCUCGAAAUAUUGCGCAGAGUAUGACGAAAAGCUCGGGCAUCUUGGUGUUCAAUCGAAAGAGGGUUGAGUCAAAGAACGGUGCUACCUAUCGAUGCUCAGCGAUAGUCAACAAGGUUGAGAUUGCAUUGGUAGAGGGCUGUGCAUCGGGCGAGGAGGCCGAGGUGAAGGUUGCCAAUCUUGCUAUCCAGCGCCUCAAGGCGGAUCCCACGAUGCUCACAACGUGA